GUUUACGGUAGGCUUGACACAAGAGGCGUGGCCUUUCAGAAGGCGUGGCCUCGUUUAACUCCGGACACGUCAGAGUCACGUGACGAAGGACUUUCGGGCGGCGGUAGAUUCGGUUGUUUGUUGUUAGCAAAAACUAGCUAACUAGCCAACGAGAUGGAUUCUGAAGAUCCUGAUCCUGUUGCAGUGAAUGAUCAUCUGCCAUCAUCCAUUUCCCCCAUACAUCUACUCAGGAUGAAAGAUAUAAUGGCCAACCAGUGCUUUGACAUGAGUAUUAAGGUCAAUAUGGCAGGCAAACUUAAGUCUUCUGAAACACUGGAUGCUGAAGCAGAUCUGUCCAAAUAUGAAAAAGAAAUAGAACAGGCAAGAACGUCACAUUUCAACAAGACACUUGCCCUAAACAGGAUGCAGGUUUGGAACGUCAUCAUUGAGAAACUGAUACAGGAUGAUGCUGGGGCAGCGUCAUUGAAGGCAGUUGUUGAUGAAAAUGCAGACCUCUGUGAGAAGGCAAUGAAGGUUAUAAAGGAAACUCGAGAACUUCAGGACCAAAUCACAGACAUUCAGAAGGAGAGACUUGAGAUGAAAGGUCUCAUUAAGAACAAGAUGCAGGAGAUUAAUGAGCUGAAACAGAUGGGGGAGAAUCAGGGCGAGGCACAGAAGCGGGCCAUGGAAAGAGCGGAAGAAGUCCUGCAGAAGUACAAAAAGAUCGCUACCAUUUCUCAAAAUGUCCUGCGAGGAAUCAUACUUGCGAGCAGGGUAAACUGGAUCAAUGAUCCUAAACUGAGAGACAUUGCAAUGGGACUGGAGAGCAUCCCUAACUGAGGACUCAUUUUAUAAACAAGAUAUGCAAUAACAUACUGUAUACUUGUGUUUUAUGUAAUAUAGACAAUGUUGAUUUUUUUAAUACAGUCCUGAUGUCUUGUAAAAUGAGUAAAAAUAGAGUCUGCUUAGUAACCAUGUUUUACUAAACAAACCAUACCUGCUACACACUGCCUGAAAGGGACCAUAUGAAAAAUUUUACAUGCCACAUUUAACAAGAUAUAUCUGAGUCCACAUGUACAGUAACCAUUUAGUGUAUAAAUGUACAUUUUUGUCCUGACAAGGGGAACCAUCUUCUCUGGGAUGUGUACCUUUACCUUUUCUAUUUAAAAAUACAUGAUUUAUCUUUAACAUGCAUCCUAUAUUCUUCCUAAUGUUGCUGUGGCCCUCCAAGUGGAGAAUAUUACAAACAUGAACAUUAUUGUGGAAAUUUCCCUUUAAUAAAUACAUUUGCCUUAACACAUA